ACAAUCAUCUCCCUUGGCCCCUCUGUGAUCCAGGUCACCUCGAAGGUUGCAGUGCUGUUCAUCACUGUCCAAUACAACGUUACCAUCUCUGCAAAUGAGGGCCUAUCAGAGGAGAGCGUGGUGAACCACUUCCACCACGGGCUGAAGGAUGUGGCCACCAUCUUCUUCUACAUGCUGGUGGCCAUCAUCAUCCACGCUAUCAUCCAGGAGUAUGUACUGGACAAAAUCAACCGAAAGAUGCACUUCUCUAAGACCAAGCACAGCAAGUUCAACGAGUCAGGCCAGCUCUCUGCCUUCUACCUGUUCUCCUUCGGGUGGGGAACCAGCAUCCUCAUUUCUGAGAACUUCCUGUCCAACCCAGUGAGUCUGUGGGAUGGAUACCCUCAUACCCUGAUGCCGUUCCAGAUGAAAUUCUAUUUUAUCAGUCAGAUGGGCUACUGGCUUCACGCUCUGCCUGAGAUCUACUUCCAGAAGACCAAGAAGGAGGAUGUUCCCCGUCAGUUGGUGUAUAUCUCUCUGUACUUAGUUCACAUCGCAGGAGCUUACGUUCUCAAUCUGAAUCGUCUGGCUCUGGUCCUGCUGGUGUUGCACUGCUUCGUAGAGCUUCUCUUCCACGUGUCCCGCCUGGUCUACUUCAGCAACGAGAAGAGACAGACUGG